CGCCUAGUGAUGACGUACACAGCCGGGUAAGCGCAGUGAGAAACAUGGCUGCCUCCAUAUCGGAGCAGCUCGCAGAGUUGUUAAACCCGCUGCCGAAUUUCACAGACCCCGAGGACGACCAGAAUGAAGAGACUAAAGCCAGAGUCAUUGACAAGUUUGAUGAAGGAGUUGAUGAUGAUGACGAUGAUGUCCAGGUCAGUGGAUUGAGGAAGAGAUCAGCUGCUUUGCUGGUAGAUUCAGAUAAACGCUAUAGUGGCAAAGUGACGUCACGCAAGGAGCUUCAGCAGGAGUUUGAUGGAUCAGCUGAUGAUGAGGAGGAGGAUGAUGAUCAAGAUGAGGAUGAAGACAGCGAAAGCGGACAGCGUGAUCAGGUUAUGGAAGACGUCGGCGAGGAGGACGGAGAUGAAGACGACGACUACAUCAGCGACGACGGUGGUUCACAGCUGUCCAGCUUGGUGUCGAAGAUGAAGGGAGCCGACCUGAGCUUCCCUAAAGGGACAGACUUCCGUAAACUCGCAGAAGGCAUGGAUGACCUGGGAGAGAGCGAGGAUGAGGAAGAAGGGGAGAGCGACGACGAAGGAGAAAGCGAGGAGGACGAGGAGGAGGACGGUGAUGAUAGUGACGAGGACGUAGAGGGAGGUGUGAUGACCUUCUCGAAAGAGAAGGUGGAUGAAGAGGUGGAGAAAGGCAGAGCAGUGAAGAAUCAGCUUGCUCUUUGGGAUCUGAUGCUCGAAGGACGAAUUAAAAUGCAGAAAGCCCUGGUGACAGCCAAUCAGCUUCCUCAGCCCAACACCUUCCCGGAGUUCAAGGGCAAAGGCGGGGCAGAGUACACUGGAGCUCUGAAGAAUAGCCACAAAGCUCUGAAGGCUCUACAGAGAUCUUUAUUAGAGCUUCAGGACCUGCUGCUGUAUCAGAACCCGGAGACCAGAGGCAUCUCGCAGGGGAAGACCUGGGCACAAGACGCCAGCAAGUCGGAGGAAGAUGAAGAGGAAGACGUGGAUAGUGACGAGGGUGAAAACGAAGUGGAAGGCGAUGAGGUGGAAAAGUGGCCCAGAAGUGGAAGCGGACCCUCCAAGCGGAAACUGGAGACGACGCAGUACCCAGACUUCAUGGCAAAGCGCUUCGCAGCCUUUCAGCCGUACCGCGUAGCCUCGCGGACUGUUUGGCAUUUCCUGUUUCUGACUCAGGGCUUCGGAGCGUUUGAGCGGAACAUCCUGACUCAGGUAGAGCAGGUGCUGAUGGAUAAGGAGCGCUUGCUGAAGCGCACACAGACACGCAGGUCUGACUACAGAGUGCUGGGCAAACCGGAGCUCAGUCACGUCACCACACAGUCCAACAGCACCGAGCCCGAGGCAGUUGAACCAGUGCUCAAAGCUAACGCACAUCUCAAAGAUCUGGACCAGGAGAUCUUCGACGACGAUGACUUUUAUCACCAGCUUCUUCGAGAGUUGAUCGAGCGUAAAACAAGUGCAGCUGAUCCUAAUGACCAGGUGGCCAUGGGCAGGCAGUGGCUGGCUAUCCAGAAGCUACGCAGUAAGAUUAAGAAGAAAGUUGACACGAAGGCGAGUAAAGGCAGGAAAGUCAGAUUCCAUGUGCACAGUAAGCUGGUGAAUUUUAUGGCUCCUAUUGACCACAGUUCCAUGAGUGAUGAAGCUCGGUCCGAACUGUACCGAUCUCUGUUUGGAUCCCAGACGCUUCAGUGACGCUGCUGAUGGAGGAAGAACGAACACACACACACACACAAAAUGAUCUGACUGAUGUGAAUUUUGGGAUCCACAGUAAACAGUUGUUUGUAUUUUGUUUUUCUUUUAAGCUUUUUUUUAUUUUAUUGGAAAUAAUUACAGAAAUUAGACUUUUUUCUGAUCUGCUGAAUCUGUUUGAUAUAAAGGGACUUUAUUCCACACAAUAUAAGAGAGAGAGA